AUGGCGAUGGUUUCAACCCUUGCCUCUACAUACCCAUCUCCCAAAACUUUCUCAGCAUUCGAUUCCACUUCUAAGAACGACAUCAAAGUCUAUCCAAUCAUUGAUGGAGAAGGAGAACAAGUAGAGAGUCCUACGUCAAAGGAUGUUAAUAAUGAAGCCGAAAUACAAGCGCGAGGAGAGAGCACGAUGCCUGAAAGGUUUAGAUACUUGACCAAAGAAGUUCCUGAUCCUCCUAUUAGAUGGCCUUAUUUUAUAGCAUUAGGUUUCCUCGUCUAUGCUUGGAGAACAGUCAUAUGGGAACUUUACAACUGGAAAAGAGCUGCAACAUCUAUACUUCAAUUUCUUGGAAACCUUUCAAAGCUAUUAUUAGCACUCAUAUUCCAUUUCAUAGGCGAUCCAAUCACUUCAACAAUUAGAGCCAUUGAAACUACCUUUUACACCCUUCGUGCAUUUUACUCUCAAAUAGUAGCAUACACUCCCAUUCCCGAGCUUUCAACAGUCAUCAUGUUGACUUCAAUCAUACUUGCCAUCAGUGAAGUUGCAUCUCCAACUUCUGUAGACAACCAAUGGCAUCUGUUAACAGUUUCUGGCCUCAUUGGGUACUUUGCUGUCAAAGGAAUGAUUGGAGACCUUCCCUUUUGGACUAUUCUUUUUGGGUUAUUUUCUUUUUCUCGUUUUAUCAAUAAGAGAGAUUAUGUCUCCUCUGUUUUGCCCGUUGCAGCAGUGUUAGCAGGUGUAGGAGAGCCAUGGGUUAGAGUGGUGGUGAUGGGUGGUUUUCUGGGUUUGUCUGUGUUUCAGUACUCAAAGAAUCAGCCUGAAAUAGAAGUAAGUGACGGUGUUGCUACAACAACAGGGGACAGAAGGGUUCCUGUUCCUUUAUUGUGUGCAGCAUUAGCCAUUGGUAUACGUGUUGCUGCUAGGUGGGCUGGGUAUAGGCAUUUGACAUGGAUGGUGGUUUGAGAGGUCUGUUUAGUUCAGUUUUGAAUACUAGAUGUAAAGGUAUGGAGCUCUUGAGGCUUUGAAUCUGUUUAAUGGGAAAGUGAUUAUAUUGUUACUUAGCUUGUUGGAUUUGAUUAGAUUUGCUCCUAUUGGAGUUAUAUUCGAGGCAA